AGUGCAAACAGUCCCAAGAUGCAAUUGUACAUCCGUCGUGUAAAAGCUUUUCCAAAUAUUGAUAUGUCGUACAUUUCUCAGAUUUGCUGCAGAAUUUGUCAACAAAACGCGAGAUUACUUAUUCCAGGACGAAGCUGCUCAAGUCACAUUGCUAGGUAUGGUUGCUGGUCUAUCAGACACAGGCGGAAAAAUAUUUCACAUUAUGGCCAAAGAUGGCUAAAUGUGAACCAGCCAAAACAUGCAGUAGCUGUAGACACCAAUUUGGAACAGCGACACAACAUAACACCAACCAGUCGGAGCCCAUCGCAUAACCACCAGGGCCCUCGGGACACAUUCAUAACUUAUACAAACACUUUGCCAAUCU